AAACAGCGAUCGUUGGCUUCUUAAUCGUUGUGUUGCCUCGACCGUGGCUGAACGCUUAUAAAUUUGCCCUAAACAUAGAUUAAACGCUAUUGUUUCCGAACUAUUUCACGUGGGCAGAAUGAAGUUCGUGAUUGUCCUCGCCGUAGCCAUAUUCGCUUUUGCUGCUGUUCAGUCGGCGCCAGUACCCGAUGACAAGCCUGUAGACGCACCUGCCCUGCCGGCCGCCGCCCCAGCAGCGCCGGAGGCUGCACCGCGUGCUGAGUCGGAGACAACGACGGUCCCCGCGGUAAGCGCCGAUCCUAAUGGAAAGCCGAAGGAAGUUCAGCACCGCCGACGACGCAUCCUCCGAAAUAGAAGAAGCCCACGGGUAGCUGACAAGUACACGACUCAAACGACUGCUAAAGACCCCGUCCAAGUCGUUUACUAUGGGUGAAAAUAACAAAACCCAACACGAAUGUGUGUACAAUAUUUUGAAAUAA